AUGGCAUCUGCAGCGCCGGCGAAUAACACGGAAUCCAAUUGCGUCUUUUGCGAUCAACCUGACACAGAUCGCAUGGUCGGAUGCGAUUUGUGUGCGAACUGGGCGCACUACGAAUGUGCAGGUGUAUCCGAUUCCAUAGCGAAUCCAGACCGCACUUGGAAAUGUCCGGUAUGCAAACCAACACCGGCACUCGAAAGUGCACGCUCACGAACAUCGGGAAGUCGUCGAUCAAAUGCUUCGCGUAGAUCGCGGGCUGAACAUGAGAUAAUGAUGCUGAAAGAGCAGCACGAUUUAAAAAUGCGUGCGCUAGCUGAAGAGGAAGCUGCAAAGAAGAAAAAGGCGGAAGAAGAUGAAGCAGCAAGAAAGAAAAAGGCGGAAGAAGAUGAAGCAGCAAGAAAGAAAAAGGCGGAAGAAGAAAAAGAGUUGCGGAGAAAGCGAUAUGAUAUUGAAGAGGAAUACAUUCGGAAAAAGUAUGAGGCAUUAAAGGAAGCAAGUGAAGCAGGUAGCAGUGUCAGCAGCUGUAGUGGGGAGAAAGUCUCGGAAUGGCUAGUAAGUGGAACCACCGGAAAUGUCAGGCAAAAUGCGCCAGCCGUGUGGGAGUUACCACUGCAGCUUCCCAGUAGCAAUGCCCCGGCCAUAGUGACAUCCGCUCUGUACAACGAAGCCCCAAAUGUGCCAGCCCAUUCAUCAGCCGAAGGUAACUCGCACAAUGUAACCAUACCCACCUCUUCGUCCACCCCUCAUGGCAGCUUCACAAUUCCAUCGAUGAUUCCAAAUAGCAUUCAAGCUUCGUUCCACCAGCCUGUCGAGAAUGUAUAUCCACAUCUUAAUUACGGCCAAGUCCUUGCUCGUACGACCAGCAACCAUAGACCCAUAGAAAAUUAUCCGAUUGUCAGUCAGGGGACGUAUCUUCCACCCGCGAUCCGUUGGUCGUCGACGGAAAUUUCACCUACUACGGUGCUCCAAAUGAUCAACAACGAGCGAGAAAAUCAAUUUCGGAACGAUUUGGCUGUCAAGACAAUUAUUAGGAGUACACCAAGACCUCUGCCACCGCGUUUGGCUGCAAUAAGAGCUGAAGCAAAUAUUAUGACCGCCGUCUGUAGGGGAUCCAUUCCAUCCGCGACUACAGCUGGACCCUAUGUGUCGACCGGAGUCGAACCCACUUUAAACAGUGGUAACAUUGAACCACUUGCCGUUUCGUCAUCGAACUGUGUACCGAUCUAUAGUUCUCGAAAUAAUUCAACCAUUGAUUACGCCGUACCGUUUGCCGCUGGUAUUCAGCCGAACUCUACUUACGGUUUUUGUACCAACCCUACUUCGCAGCCACUGCACAGGUCUGAUCUGAAUCAGGACAUUUCUCCCGUGGUAGUUUCUUUGGGUCAACUGACGACUGUUCAGAGAAAUCAAGAACCAUUAGCCAUUAAUCAUGUCGGUAAUAUUUCUGCUAGUUUGGGUGAUCCUUCUAAGGAAAACGUUCAUCAGCCAUUGGCACAACAGAUCUCUUCUCCAAUUGCGAGAAAGGACUUGAGAGAUGAUCUAAACCAAUAUAAAAUGCCAUCCGCUGCUCAACUAGCAGCACGGCAGGUUAUAUCACGUGAGCUUCCCCACUUCGACGGUGAUCCUCAAGACUGGCCACUUUUUUAUGGAACCUUCCAAAAUAGUACUAAAAGCUGCGGGUUUUCAGAUGAGGAGAAUUUGUCGAGAUUACAGCGAUGCUUGCGAGGACCAGCCUUUGAAGCUGUUAGAAGUAGACUCAUGAUUCCAGAGUCCGUACCUCUUGUGAUAGAUAUUUUGAAACGACAAUUUGGAAGACCAGACAUUCUUAUUCACGCACUUUUAAACGAUCUCCGAAGGAUUGCUCCACCUAAAGAGGAUAACCUGCAAUCCAUAAUAAAUUUUGGCCUAGCUGUUCGAAAUAGUGUUGAUCAUAUGAUCACAGCUAAUCUAUUGGAUCACCUUAGCAAUCCCACUUUACUGCAGGAACUUAUUGCAAAACUGCCGAUAAAAACGCAAAUGGAUUGGUCUCGAUUUAAGCGCCAGUACACUACCGUCAACCUGGAAGUUUUCUCCAUUUUCACGAACGAAUUGGCAGACACAGCGACUGACGUGAUUAUGCCACGUUUAGUACCUAAACACGAAAGUUCUAAGAAAGUGGGAAAAGAUAGACAAACAUUGUAUACACACACACUCACCGAAGAUGGGAUGAAUGCUCGGGAUACAUCAUCGGAAACUCCAAAGAAGUAUUGUGUGUUCUGCGGCUAUCCAAAUCACGUUAUUGCGACUUGUGAAGCUUUCCAAAGGUUGGAUACAGAUGCAAGGUUGAAGGCAGUUAAGGAGAAAAACCUAUGCCGCACGUGUCUUGUUCCUCAUAGAAAAUGGCCGUGUCGAUCUACGAAUGAAUGUGGCAUUGAUGGUUGUCGAAUUCGUCAUCAUGCCUUACUACACUCAUCAACAUCGACUAGCCCUAAUUUUUCUCCACAUGUCAACGUUGCCCAUCACCAUUCGAGGAAAUCAUAUUCACUUUAUCGCUAUCUUCCCAUCGUAUUACAAGCGAAUGGCAAGUCAGUUGAGAUAAUUGCCUUCCUGGAUGACGGUUCAUCUUCUACGUUACUUGAAACAAGCGUGGCAACCGAGCUCGGAGUUAAAGGAGAACGUGAAUCACUAUGGUUGAGUUGGACGAGUAAUGUAUCGCGAGAGGAAAAAAGUUCACAAAGAAUUUCAGUGACAGCAUCCGGUCUGGGAAAGAAGAACAAAUUCAAAUUAAACAAUGUCCGCACAGUAGCGAAUCUUAUGCUCCCUUCGCAGACUCUCGACUAUGAAUUUAUGAAAAAGACGUAUCCGCAUUUAAGAGGCCUGCCCAUUCAUAGUUAUUCAGACGUUACACCAAGUAUGAUUAUAGGUAUAGAGCAUGCCACACUGUUAACAUCACUUAAAACCCGAGAAGGCUGUUCCAAUGACCCCAUCGCAGUCAAGACCCGUCUAGGUUGGUGUGUUUUCGGUAGACAAAUGAACGGUGUUCAAUCGGUAGAAACCCUCAACGUGCACUGUCAUCCGGAGAAAUGUAAUCAUGAGCUGCACCAGUUGAUCAAACAAUUGCUCAAAUUAGAGGAGCCUAAAGCGGAAGCUUUAAUAUCGGAGAGUGACAAAAAAGCUUUGUCCAUUUUAGAAAAAACCACUCGACGUGUCAACGGAAGGUUUGAAACGGGUCUGUUAUUCAAAAACUCAGAGCCGCGUUUUCCAAACAGCUUCCCUAUGGCCGAACGUAGAUUGCAGGCACUAGAACGUCGUUUAGCUAGAGAUCCCUUUCUAGAUCUUAAAGUACGAGAGCAGAUAAACCAAUAUCUAGAGAAAGGUUACGCUCAUCGAGCCUCGGUAGAAGAACUGCAGGGAGCAGAUCCUGAAAAAACCUGGUACCUUCCACUAGGGGUAGUCCAGAACCCGAAAAAACCCCAGAAAGUUCGUUUAAUAUGGGAUGCUGCAGCGCGAGUUCAGGGCGUGUCUUUCAAUGAUGCUUUGCUCACAGGUCCUGAUCUCUUAACCUCUCUACCGGAUGUUCUUACCAGAUUUAGACAGAGAAGCAUCGCCAUCACAGGUGACAUCAAGGAGAUGUUUCACCAAAUCAGGAUACGCGAUUCCGAUAAACAAUAUCAACGUUUCCUAUUUCGUGAAGACCAACAACAACCACCACAAGUCUACGUAAUGGACGUUGCCACGUUUGGGGCAACAUGCUCUCCAUGCAUAGCUCAAUAUGUGAAGAACCGGAAUGCUAUGGAACACGCUAGUGAGUUUCCUCUUGCCGCGGAAGAUAUAAUAAAAGACCACUACAUGGAUGACUACCUUAAAAGCGUGGAUACCGCUGAUGAAGCUGUGGAAUUAGUCAACCAAGUGAGACUAGUCCAUUCAAAAGGAGGAUUCGAAAUUCGUAACUUCGCUUCAAAUUCAAACGAGGUUCUUGACCAAUUGGGCGAGGUCAGAGACAUGCAACGGAAAGCGCUCUAUCUCGAAACAGGACUGAACACUGUAGAAAAACCCGAACGAGUGUUAGGUAUGAUAUGGAAUCCCCAGGAGGAUGUGUUCACCUUUGAUGCUUUACAAAUAGAAGCACUACGACAAAUGGACAUCAAGGAACCUCCAACUAAACGGCAAGUGUUGAAAAUCAUCAUGUCUGUGUUUGAUCCAUUGGGUUUAAUCGCCCAUUUCGUUAUUCACGGCAAAAUCCUGAUGCAAGAGAUCUGGAAAUACGGCUGCGAUUGGGAUGAGUGCAUACCAGCAGAGCUACAGGAAACCUGGCUCCAGUGGAGUGAAAAGUUGAAGCAACUGAAUCAAGUGAAUGUUCCUCGAUGUCUUUUCAAAUAUUCGAAUCCAGCAUCCUUAAAUACCUUACAACUCCACACCUUUGUAGAUGCGAGUGAAGCAGCGUAUUCCGGCGUUGUGUAUGCGCGUAUAAUUGAUGAAGGAGUUCCGAAAUGCGCAAUCAUAGCAGCGAAAACAAAAGUGGCUCCAUUGAAACCACUUUCUAUACCGCGUCUCGAGCUACAGGCGGCCGUAGAAGGUAGUCGUCUUAUUCAAAGGAUUACGAACGCUCUCACACUUCCAGUAACCCGAAGAUAUAUUUGGUCUGACUCGACUACAGUGUUGUCAUGGCUACGAUCGGACAGUCGGCGAUACCACCAGUUUGUGUCGUGUAGAGUGGGAGAGAUUCUUCGUACAACUUCAAUCAAUGAAUGGAGAUAUGUGCCGACGAAAUUGAAUGUUGCAGAUGAAGCCACCAAAUGGAAAACGGAACCUAGUUUCGAUCCUCAAAGUCGAUGGUUCACUGGGCCCGACUUUUUAAGAAACCCUGAAAACGAAUGGCCUACAAAAUUUCAACCAACGAGCAGCCCUGCAGAGGAAAUGCGAACGAUAUUUGUUCACCAUAUUCACGUUUUUCAACCACCGAUUGAUUAUUCUCGGUAUUCCCAGUUUAACCGAUUGUUGAGAGCUGUCGCAUAUUUUCUCAGAUUGGUUUCCUGGUUCAGAGGAAACGCUAAGGCUCUUGAAGCAAGAGUCAUCGAAGCCGAAGAAAUCGAAAGUGCUGAAAACUUCCUAUGGCGACAAGUCCAAAUGGAAGCUUAUCCCGAAGAAUUUGAAAUUUUGCUACAACAAUCGGAAGAUUCCGUAGAAGAAAAGGUAACUAUAAAUAAAAGAAGUUCGUUAUACCAGAUGACACCAUUUAUGGACGAAAACCGUGUAAUGCGCAUGAACAGUCGGAUUGUAGCAGCUCCGACAACAGCCUACGAAACCAAAUAUCCAGUGUUUUUACCUAAAGAACAUCGUGUAACGUAUCUCCUAGUGCAUUCCUACCAUCGUCGUUUUUUACAUGGGAAUAAUGAAACGGUUGUUAAUGAGUUACGACAACGGUUCCAGAUCCCUCAUUUGCGAGCAUUGGUUAGACGCGUCGGUAAAGAAUGUCAGAUGUGUAGAAUAAAAAAAGCUGUGCCUAAACCUCCAAUUAUGGCACCCUUGCCAGCAGUUCGCCUCACGCCAUUCAUUAAACCCUUUACGCAUACUGGCAUAGAUUAUUUCGGUCCGCAGAUGGUUAAACAAGGACGUAGUUUAGUCAAGCGUUGGGUGGCACUUUUCACGUGCCUUACAAUCAGAGCAGUGCAUCUGGAAAUUGUGACCGGCCUUUCCACCCAAUCAUGCGUAAUGGCAAUCCGCAGAUUCAUCGCUCGGAGGGGCGCUCCAACUACCAUUUACACUGAUAAUGGUACUAACUUUCUGGGAGCCAAUAAUCUUCUAAAAGAUCAGAUAAGAAAUGCGCACGAAGGUUGUGCCAGCGUAUUUACUAAUGCACAAACACGAUGGUACUUCAACCCUCCUGCCACCCCUCACAUGGGAGGACCGUGGGAACGACUGGUAAGGUCAGUGAAGACAGCCAUGGAUGCUGUAGCCGAUCAUCCACAACAUCCUAGCGACGAAGUUUUUGAAACAGUGGUACUAGAAGCAGAAUCAAUCGUGAACUCCAGGCCUCUGACAUAUGUACCUCUAGAUGCGGCUGAAUCGGAAGCCCUGACUCCAAACCACUUCUUGCUGUAUGGCAAUAUCGGCAUAAAUCAACCUCAAAAACCAUUGAUGGUUGCAGAUAGGGUUUUGCGAGACAGCUGGAACCUAACACAAACUCUAGUGAACAAAUUUUGGAUAAGGUGGGUUAAAGAGUACCUGCCAAUGUUGACCAGGCGAACAAAGUGGUUUUCACCAACCAAACCUUUGAAAGCAGGUGAUUUGGUAAUAAUAGUCGAUGAGCGUAAAAGGAAUGGUUGGGUCCGAGCACGCGUGGUUAGUGUUAUCACGGCUCCAGAUGGUCAAGUACGUCGAGCUGUGGUUCGUUCAGCUAGCGGAGAGAGUACCAAAUCCGUAACAAAUUUAGCCCUACUGGACGUAGCAGCACCUCCGAUUAGGGUGCCAGGAUGUAAGCAGGAUCCUCCGGAACUACACGGGUGGGGGAAUGAUGGAAAUACCCCUGGGUUAGACGACGUGAGUGGUGUGAGUCCCAGUAGCUCCCUGAAAUGA